GUGGUGGUGUCUAUGGAAGAGCUUGCAAGGGUUUGUAACUUUAUAUGCGUGUUUGUAACUACCAGGAUAGAGCUAUAUAUGAAACCAGGAAACGACAUCGUCAACACUAAGCAGUGGAUCUUCGUGUAUACGCAUAUCUGCUAGCCAAUGCGAGUAUGGCUGGGGACGAUACAGAGAAUGAUUGUAUAACCUCAUCGACGGAACUUGGUGAACAUGUAGAUGCCAGCGCCACAAAGGGGUUCGAUGAGCCGCAGGAGGAUGUCAAAGCGAAUGACACGAAACAGGGACGGGGAGAACGCGUUGCUCCAACAAACGCGAGCGAAAGUAAAAGAACGUUGUUUGACGACCUAUUGCAGAAUGCUGAAGAUGACAUUGACGGGCCAUUGCAGAUGGAGGAUUAUUUGGCGCAGGAGAAGGAUGUAUUGAUACGAAGACGCACAGAAGUCGCGUACAGUCGCAAGCGGGAAUCAAAGGUGCUGAGGGACACUCCAGCUCCAUCUGAGAUCGAUGACGAUGAUGCCCAGGCGUGGAGGAGCAAGAUACAGUUGCUGGUUGUGGCGUGCUUUGGCUGCUUUGGGCUUGUUCUGCUCGCCGAGCUGUGUUUAAACCACAACCAUCCUUCUUUUGCCUUUGCACUGCACACAACAUCUGCCGUUGCACUGUUCGUGUCAGUGCCUGCGGUACAGAUGUCUGGUGCGGGGACCAUCAGUGGCUGGAAAGCCUUCAUGCCCUUUGAGGGUGGUGCACGGUUUGUGUCGAUGCAAGCGGUGGCCUGGAUACUCUACGCACUCGCUCUGCUCUUGUCCAUUCACAUCUUCGUGAGCUUCUACAGGG